UCUCUCUAUCCACUCUUACUUUCAAACCGAUGAACAGAAAUCAAGGCCCUCGUCAUCAUCAUCUCUCUCUUGUCGUUUCAUUAAAUAUUACAGGUGACGAGGAACGAACGCUUCGUGACAUUUAGUCUUGCCAAUUAAUUUUCGUACGUACCCCAUUAAAAAUAAAUGGGGUCCAUAAAAUCCACUUCCGGUUGUUGUUCUUGUUCCGUCGUGUUGGUUCUUUUUGUGGCGUGUAUUUUAGUGGCAGAUGUUAAAACGGAGGAGGUCGUGAGGAGUGGAUCACAUUAUGAUGGAAGUUUGCUAAGUAGUCGACGAGGGGUUGGAUCGACGGUGUCUUCUUCUUCCGGAGAAAAUAGUCCUUCCUCCGGAAAAAUGUAUCUCCUCCGGAGAAAAAAGACCAAGAAGAAUGGUCUCGUCGUCCCAAAAUCGAACUCUUUCUCGAUCCCGAUCUCUGCAGAGAGUUACCACGCGUAUAAUUCCCGAUAUGACGACGCCACCCCGGACAUUGAAGACAUCGACGUUGGGACGAUGUUAUCCCGUCCCAGUGAUAACGACAACUGGGUCUCAUCCCUCCAACAAGCUUAUAUCCUGUCGAAAAAUAAACAAGCCCACCAAACCCCCAUCAUGGUUGACGGCACCUCUUCCUCAUCAAAUACCGAAUUUCGGAGCAACAUUCCUCUCCCGAGUAAUCCUUUCAUGCCAAAAAUUACGGAAAAACAUUAUUCAAAAGGUUCCACUUCACAUCAUCACUUUCAGAAAAAUAGUAACCACUAUUAUUCACCCAACUCUCGUGCCGACAAUUUUCUGUCGUCUCUCUCCUCAAUCACGGCCUACUUACCAAAGCUGCCGAUCGCACUUCCGUCCUGGAACAGACUAAAAUCCUCGUCCUCCUUGUCCAAACCAGCCUUGCAGGCAACAACUCCACCUCCCACCGUGGUCGUGGCCUCAUUGACCCCGGCAGAAUCCAAGGUCCAUCCCAUCAUCGCUUCUGCCCCGGCACGUCGCUCCCAGAUGGAGUCCAUCCUCUCCAAAUUAGAGAAACUUGACGAAAUCAAGGCCGCCCUUCCUCCCAAAGGUUCCUACACGCCGUACGGCGAGAGGACAAUUAUCAUGCUGAAAUAUCCCGGACUUCCUGAACGGCAUCGCGUAGCUCAAAACGACAUCAGUCUGGGCUCUUUUGGUCGCGAUAUGUACGCCCUUGGUGGCAUUCGACCCAUCUCGAUAACCAUGGACGACUGGCAGACGCCUUCUCGAAAACCUAUCAAACUCAAAGAUCCCGACGUGGGGGUUAUCAUCGCGCAGAAUUACAUCCUCCAACCCGACGUGUCGUUGAAUUCGCAUUAUAAAUACCAACCCCAAGGUGGGGACGAUUCCUCCACGUCCGAUUUCGACAUGGUGUCACAACUCGCCAAAGCUCUUGCGGAACGGAAUAGGAUCAUUAAUAGUUUUUCGGCUGGGAAACAUGGGUCAUCGGGACCAUUGAAGGAACCACCUUUUGUCCUCGUUCAUUUGGAGUCCUACACGAAAAAGAAGAACACCACGACGCCGUAUGGUUUCGACGAGGAGAGGGAAAUCAGUUACUCGAACGGGACAAUUAUCUACCCCUCGUUGGACGAUCCGACGACCUUGGCGAGCACGAAGUUUGAGUUUGAAGGGCUUAACGAUGUCGAAAAUGUGUUUAACCGACCCCUUCAAAUUGGACAACGAGGCGGCGGUAUGAAACCUAUCGUGCCACUGGGUCUGGUAGAAAUCCAGAACUAUUUGCGCCUCAUGUACACCAUGCAUCACGACAUUCAUGACGGGGGCCAUGUCAAAAUGGGGGAACUUAAGGGUUUAGCCGCCACGGUGGAGAGGCAGCCGCUGGAGGGCUCGCGUCCCAUGGCGGAUUGGGAGGUGGAGCGAAACAUGGAAAAAUAUAAGGAAAAUUGGAUGCACACGUCGACCUUGGGGUUGAGAUCGAUAAGCGAUUAUCCACCACCACCACCCAAGCUUCCAAUCCCUUAUCCGACGUAGUUGUAUGAUAGUUAUAAUAAUGAUAUUAUAUUUUUUUAAUUUAAUUAUAUUUUAAAGUGUAAGAAUAUGUAAAAACUUGUUAUAAAUUAUUUAUGAAAAGAUAUGUAUUUUACGGUAAUAAUUUAGCAAAAUUUUGCAUAUACCAGACCAAACGUAGCGAAAUCCAUAUCAUGUUAAUUAUGCAUGGAAAAAUGUAUUACAAAAUUUA